AUGGCGAGCUCUGCGACCGGUGGUACUUCGUCGGUGGCAGAGCCAAACAGUGGGUAUGGAACGCGGCGAGUGUGUUUGAUCAGCGCGCGAGAGUUCUUUGACCCCAGGUUCCCGCCAGCGGUGGACUCCCCAGAUGUCUUGCUGGUUGUGGAUGGUGUGGCGCAUCGAGGGGACGGGGACGCUACUUCGGUGGUGGGACUGCGUUGUAAUUGGCAGCCUGUAUAUGAGAAGCGUGCGGCGGGAUCGCGCAAACAGACCACGGGUGACCAUUCCCCUGAUAUGCAAGCUACUAUGGAGCACAAGUUCGCCAGACGUUGCCACCCGUACUUGUUGGAGUGGUAUCGGCGCGAACGUGAACUUUAUAGCGAUGCUGUGCUCCUCAAGGCGCUGGCCGAGUUCUGCAGCCGCGAAGUCGACCCUUCCGUCAUCUACAAAGCUAAGGGACGACCUGCUCCCAGCACCAGUCGCCUCCCGCACGCAGACAGCUCAAGACAUACUGACGAUCGUCUUGACUGGGACCGCGACAGCUCUCUCCCCCGCAGUCGCCGCGAUAGCGUUGUUGGUCGCCGCGACAGCAGCAGUUUACCGCCACGCAGAGACAGUUUCAUGCAGCCGUCCGACUCGCUCCCGCGUUCCCGUGACUCGCUGCGCCGCGACGAUGACUCGCUCCGCAGAGACGACUCCUCGCUCCGUCGCGAAUCACUCCGUCGUGACGACCUGCGUCGUGAAGAACAACGUCGCGAGGAGCUCCGCCGAGACUCGCUCCUCUCUAACAAGUCCGGUCGCGGAGGCGAAUUCAAGUCACCUCCGCCUGACCGAUCCUCUGACCGAGCCCGGGAGAGGGAGAGAGAGCGGGAGAGAGAGAGAGAGAGGGAACGGGAGAGAGAGAGAGACAGGGAUUCGACAGAACGCGCCCGUGACAGAGAGAGAGAGAGGGAGCGUGGUCGGGAGGCGAAAGCCGAAGAUUCCGCGGGACGCAAGAGCCAGGGCCCGACAUACGACACGGACUUCUCGACGCCAGAUCACGGCGGGAGCGUGUCGUCGCCGAGUGGGAUUGAGGGCGCAACCAAGUUGAGUGUGCAGUGCAGUGACGAGAACGGGGAACGCACGACGCGGGAGGUAUGGCAUGUGCCAGUGGGUGCGAACGAACGGUUCCGACUGGCAUAUAUCACGGAACUGUUUCUGCCAGACGAAUGUGAGAUGCUUCGGCGUUUCGUGGAGAAGGCGUACGAGACGUACCCGACCGGUGUCCUACAAGAGUGUGGAUUAUCGCGCUAUCCCCCUAAGGCGCUGGAAGCGGUAAUUCUUAAGAGCGUUGCGGCACCUCAGCUAGAACUACACAACUUCGUGCCUGCCAGUGUUAAGGAAACUUCCAAACGCUACAUAACCACUCUCAUUACGCUUGCAGCCAAGUGCGUAGAUGUCGAGGCGGAUGACUGCGUGCAGAUGAGCAUCGAAAAGGCACCCCCCAACGUUCCCUACACUUGGGCUGUGCAUGGUUCUGACAACACUCACGAAUUCAUACACUUCGUCGUGCCUCUAACACCCUAUUCUAGGUCGGCUUGUUGUAAGCAAUAUUUUGAGUAUCCGGAAUUGGAAUAUUUCAUUAAGGAUCGAAUACCUAGACAGCCAUUAAUCAAUCGUGGAUACUUUGGACGAAUUCAUUCUAUAAGAUAUAGUAUUGGAUCUUUUCUUGAAAGUUUACGCUCUGGACUGAGGCAUUCUGAUUUGUCAUCAGAGACAAACGAGAUGCUCAAAUUAUGCCAAAUUGUUAAUAUUGGUUGUGGUCACGAUCCUCUUUAUUACUGGAUUGUUAGAGCUUACCCGGAUCUAUGUCCGUCCAUUAAAUACUUUGAAUUGGAUUACCGUGAAGUAUUGGAAAGCAAAUCGAAAAUUAUAAAUGCCUUUCCUGAUCUGAAAAGGAAAACAGGAAACACAAUACAGGACGAUGAUUGUGGAGAGGAUGAUGGUGGAGAGGAUGAGAAACUCCUCGAAGGUAGGGCUAAUGAACAUCGCGACAUGAUGGUUGGUGAAUGGGUUGAUGUUAUGCGACCUCUGGUUCUGAAUAGUGUAGGCAAGAUCCCGAGUUCUCUUAUCAAUACCGAUAGAUAUGUCAUGUGUCCAUUGGAUUUAACGGAUACAUCCGCCGUGUUCCCCGCAUUGGAAAAACUUGGCUUCGACCCAAAGUAG